AUGUGCAAUGCGGCGCGCGGUGGGGAAUUGAAUUUGGCUCCGCUUUGUAAAGAGCUGAAUUUGGAGGGUCCUGCUCUGAGAGAUUGGUGUCUUGCGGGGGGAUUUUGCCAAGCACAACUUGGAAACGGGAACUUUUCCAAGUACGACACGAUCGAUACUUGGGGUGAGCGAAUGAUUCCACGGGUCAGAAUCCACAAGACCAACCACGAUAAGAAUCACCAUAUUCCCAACAGCGAAUCUGUUUGGUUUCAAUCUCUGGGCCGGGGACUGGUGGGAGGAAAACGCAGGCGCCGAAAAACCGGAACCCUGCUGGAACCUUCCUGGAACCUUGCCGGAACCUCGCUACCUUCCUGGAACAGUGCUGCAACGUUGUUGGAAGUUUGUUGGAACCUUCUUGGAACCUUCCUGUUGGAACUGUGCUGGAACAUUCCUGGAACCUUUGUGGAACCUUCUGGAACCUUGUUGGAACUGUGUUAG